AUGAUGUCUUCAUCAUCAUCGAAAGAUGUCGUCGUGGAUCGGAUCAAAGGACCAUGGAUUCCUGAGGAGGACGACCUUUUACAAACCCUAGUUCAUACACUAGGCCCCAGGAAUUGGUCACUCAUCAGCAAAUCCAUUCCUGGACGCUCUGGAAAAUCCUGCCGUCUACGCUGGUGUAAUCAGCUCUCGCCGCAGGUGGAGCACCAACCGUUUUCCGCGGAGGAAGACGAGGCGAUUAUCAGAGCUCAUUCCAGGUUCGGUAAUAAGUGGGCCACAAUCGCCCGUCUUCUUUCUGGCAGGACAGAUAACGCGAUAAAGAAUCACUGGAACUCUACACUGAAACGCAAGUGCUGUUCAAUAUCCGGUGGUACUGAUAUCAGUUUCGUUGACGAAAACAACGUCUUGAUGCAGCAGCAGCAGCCAUUGAAGAGAUCGGCCAGCAUUGGAUUGUACUUCAAUCCAAGUAGCCCUUCCGCGUCUUCUGAUUUGAGCGAUUCGAACAACAAUCUGUCGUCGUCGUCGUCUCAACUUGUUAAACCACCUUCGUCGUUAUUAUUCUCCAGACCAGAAGCAGCCAUUAAUGAUCCUUCAACCUCCCUGAGCCUGUCAUUAUCGGGGGGGCCUGUAUCGUGCUCGAGCGGCGGGUUCAGUAGUGAGACAAGAGGGAGAGAGAAGCAGUUCUUUAGUGGAGAGUUCAUGUCAGUGUUGCAGGAUAUGGUGAGGAAUGAAGUCAGGAACUACAUGUCAGGGAUGGAGAAGAAGAAGAAGAACGGAGAUGGAGGGAUAUGAUUAGUAGUAACAAUGGAGGAGAAGGAGGAGGAGAGUAGUCAUCAUAUCAUAUGAAUGAAUCAAUGUUUAGUCAAUAUGGGAACUUGGAAAGAGAAUGAGAAUCAGAAUAAACUGUCAAAUGCUUUUUCUUCUUAUUGAAAGCAGCUCCAUUAAUGUAAGAUGAAGAAGAAGAAGAAUGAAUAGUUGAAGCCCUAAAUUUAAAGGAGGAGGAAC